CAGAACAAGAGCAGCGAGAUACAGUAGAGACACACGGUCAUCUGGAACAGAGCUCCUUCACAACAAAGGAAACGGACCAUUUUACUGGAUUUGUCUUAUUUUGGGGAGUUUUUUCCUGUGCCAUCCUAGUACUGAAAUUAUGGACCACUAUUCAGACCAGGUAACACGGCCUAUAUGUUCGUUUCUGUGUUUUAGUAUCUCCUGGAUAAGUAGUUUAGCAGUUAAUGUUAUUAGGGCAGCCAACGUUAUAUGUACCAUCGAACAAAGUUCUGAAGAGGCAAUAGAUCUACCUGCCAGUGAUCGAGUGAGUGUGUAGGUGUGGGUGUUUACUUUUGUGUGGCCUACAUAGUCUUACAAUCUUCCAAUGUCAAAUUUGUCAAAUCUAGAUAAAUGAAAUUGAAUUGAACUCUUUACUGUAUUGAAUGGCAUAGUAAAACUGAUUAAAAAGUCAGAUAGGAGUGUCAUGAGAUAAUGGCAAUAAAAAGCAUUACUAGUCCUGGGUAUUAUUGCUUUUAUAGCCUUCCUAUAAGGAUCGCUGUAUGUUAUCUCUCAUUUGUAAACAGAUUAACAUGAUGUCAUUGAGUGGCCUGUUCUGUUUCCAGGGUUGCGAUGGGAUUGAGCUGCUUGAUUUGCUGUUUGAUCAGAACGAUGGCAUCCUCCGUCACGAGGAGAUGGGACACCAUGGGAACCAUUCCUGGCCUAUUCACAAGCCAAACGUGAGUGGAGUGAAAGCAUUCACUCUUUGAUGUUACCCUGCCGUGUUUUUACAUUUUCACCUUGGCGGUGUCUACUACGUGAUUCCCAUGUCUAGCCUGCCUUUCUCAACCACUCUCUCCAUUAUGUCUGUACAGUAAUUAUCACAUUUGGUGUGUUAUUUGGCAGAUGCUGCGUCCAACAAAGCUACAGGGCGAGGACUUCCUGAUCGGCCUCCUGAGUGUCAGUGCCUCGGUGUCGGGGUCGCCCCUGUGGUCUCCCUCUCCCAGUGACAGUGGAAUCAGUGAGGACCCCCACUCCGAUCAGAUGGACAGCCCCCAGCGCCCUGAGAGCCCUCCGACAGAGCCCCAUUUCCUCCCCCCUCAGCCACACACCAGGGCCGCCCUGGACACCGACUUCUCCAUUGAUAUCAGUAAGACAUUUAUGGCACACAUUAGCACAGAAAGUAUACAAAUAUAUAGAGCAUUUAAUGUUAUUUAUUAUAUAGAAGUGACACAGACAAAAUUUGCUACGUUACUUCAUGUUAGAUGUGUGAUUAGUAUUGUUAUGUCAACAUUAGAACAGAAGCUCCUCCUUUGAAAGCAACACGUUUUUCGUUUGUAUUCAUUGGGCUAAUCCUGGCUUUGUCUCAGUAUCAACACAAACACAGACAAAUGAUGGCCUUACGUCUGGUCACAUCCCGUCUCUCUGUGUGGUUACAGAUGGCUGGGACUCAGGCUUCUACCCAGGAAGGACUGGGGGGACAAAGUGUUCCUCUGAUGUACACAAAACCCAGCUGACCUGUAACUUUCCCCUCACUGUCAAGGACCUACUGCUCUCUGGCACAUCUGAGCCGGUGAGUGAUGAUGAAGGGUAUGUGUGUGUGUGCGUGCGUGCUAGCGUACAAGUAUGUAUGUGUGCGUGCUUGGGCUUGUUUGUAUGUGGGUGAGUGUGUUGAAGUGGAGAGGAACAGGUAAAAGGGAUGAAUUCAUUCUAAAAUAUUCAGCGGAGCACAUGAAGAAACAGGUUAACUUAAAAGAGACAGUCGCAGCAGGGCAUGGGUUCAGGACGGUAAUGUAAUUGGUGUGAGGAAAGCAUGAAAUGAGAGGGAUGGGCUGUGCUGCCUGCCUUGCCUCUCUGCACUCCUUCCACUCACUCUGAAAAACCCAUUGCUGCUCAGGCCACUGGUUGUAAUGCUUCACAUAUUACGUACUGUAUUAACAUUCCUGUCUCACUUCCAGCCCACACAGCAGUCCCAGCAGUCCUUCCGAGAGUUGAUUCUCAAUGAGGAUGAGAAGAAACUGCUGGCCAAGGAGGGGAUGACUCUGCCUAGCCAACUACCCCUCACCAAGGUAAAACUUUUUUGCAGACUUUUGCAGCUUCACAGAACAACUUAUGGCUCUUGAGGAUAUCAAAAGCGCGUAAAUACACUAAAUAUUUACUUCCUUUGUCUGUUUCCAUUAGUAUGAGGAGAGGAUUCUGAAGAAAAUUCGCAGAAAGAUCCGGAACAAGCAGUCGGCCCAAGAGAGCAGGAAGAAGAAAAAGGAAUAUAUUGAUGGUCUCGAGAGCAGGUACUGACAAUAGGCACUAAAUAAAUGGAAAAGGUAGGGACUCACAGGCCUAAAGUCAAAGUAGAAGUGUCCAACUCUGACUACAACUGACAAAAAUUUAUAAAGCACUUCUACAAACUAACAAGAUAUUUGGAACACGUCACAGGCAAUGUUCCCUAUAAGCUGCGCUCGUGUGCAGGCCACGCAGAAAAAUAUCAGCCCGCGCAGAGAAGCACGAGAUUGAACUUCACUCAACUUUCUAGAAUUUUCCCUGUUAGUUAACACUAUCAGCGUUUCCCUUUACUGUGGGAAUUGUGAUUGAAUCAAUGCAAUAUUAGCCACUACCAAUGCAACAUACCGAAACAAAACGAAGUAUGCAAGACUUAGUAUGCAAAACUAAAUAUGCAAGAGUUGUUGUAGCCAGAACGCAUCGGAGUAGGAUUCUACCCAGACCUGUGCGGCAUAACCAAUCAGAGCUGCAGUAGGCCUAUAUGCAAAUAGACCGUUGCCAUAUAUGGAUCUGUGCCAUUCACUUUGAACUGGACUGUGUUUACACCAUGAGCGGUCGUGAGUAGAUAAGCUUGUUUUGAGAUCAAAGUGAGAGCUGCAUGUAGCCACCUGUGCACGUGUUCAUAUCCUUUGCCAGUUAGUGAGUUAUUAGCCCAGUUGUAGAUCAUUUGUAGUCAGCAAUGGGGGAGUGAUUGCUUCCUACAAGAGCACAAAACGUGUACAUUUCUAGACGUCUUUGAAAAGCAAGUCAUGAAAAUAGCUUUUUUUUGUCUCAAAGGGGCAGUGUUGUAUUUUGAGAUAGGCUUGAAUAAGCUAAGUAGCCAAUAAACAGAGGGUAGCAUAAUUAGUUUGAUUCUCUGUAAUAAUGGUAUGGGACUAAUAAUGCAUUUUAUUUUGUAAAGUGGUUUCUUGCAUUAAACAACACAACAACAUUUUCAGUCACCUCCUUGUCUGAAGGACAAGUAGAUAAACAGGUUAAUGUCAGGCCCUGCAUGAUUUUUUCAAAAGUCUCAUGGAAUGUAGGCCUACAAUGAACACCACACAUUGGCUGCUACUGUAGGCUGAGUGAUAGAACAGUUAUUUCCAUGUUAAAAUGUUAUGGGAUGCAUUCUCUCCAUUGUUUUUGAUGGUAGGUCACUCUGUUAGGCCUACAUUAUGAUCAAAUAACCACAGUAGCCUACUUGGCCACUGUUAAAACUGUAACUUAAAGCGGGUACAGCCUCAUUGUUCACAGUAAACAAACGUUGGAAGUUGCACCGAAUUUUCACAACUUUCAAGUUUGCCCUCAGCAGACCUGAAAUUUGCUCAGUGCUGAAAAAAAUUAGAGGUAACAUUGGUCACAACGUGCUGAGCACAGAAAGUUUAAGAAACAGUGUGUGAGUGUUGUGGUGCAGAGAAACUGCAUAGGGCCCAUUGUGUAAUUCAGUGUCCUUGAGUGUCACAGUACGAUUUGAUUAUACCAAAGUGUUUCUCAGCAUGCUGGUGAGUGAUACUGUAGCAGGCUGGUGUUUUUCUUGGACUGAUCGAGCAGCAGCAGCUUGUCAGUCUCAUCUAGGAAAUUCCCUUGUUGUUCCUCUUCCAGGAUGACUGCCUGCAACACACACAACCAGGAGCUGCAGAGGAAGGUGUUCCAGCUGGAGAAAUGCAACACGUGAGGGACCUCCACACUAAUCUGCUCUCCCUGCUCUGUUUCUGCCUCUGUACACCCGGUGGCAACAUUUGCUAAUUGAGCCUCUGUGUCUCCCAGGUCUCUGAUGGAGCAGCUGCGUAGGCUGCAGACUCUGGUAAUGAACGGCUCCAAAAAGGCCGCCCAGACUGGGACCUGUGUCCUGGUAAGCAGAAGUGUCACUUUUAGAAACAGUUUUACUAGAUCAGCUCAUACACCAUAUGAGAUUAGAGAGAAACAGACAGGUGGAGAGGUGGAAAGAUGCAACCACCUCACUCUUUCCCAUUUAUCCAGGGGAUACAGUUACUAUUAGAAGUUAUAACAUUAGAAUUAUCGACAGCGAGAAUGAAUGGUGCUAGUCAAGGAACAAUUGAGGGCUGGACAAAUAUACCUGACUCUGUUACGAACAAUCUCAGCUAAAGCCCCACACAUACAAACCAAUAUAUAUACAGCUCUGGAAGAAAUUAAGAGACCACUGCAAAAUUAUCAGUUUCUCUGGUUUUACUAUUUAUAGGUAUGUGUUUGGGUAAAAAUAACAUUUUUGUUUUAUUCUAUAAACUACUGACAACAUUUCUUCCAAAUAAAAAUAUUGUCAUUUAGAGCAUUUAUUUGCAGAAAAUGACAACUGGUCAAAAUAACAAAAAAGAUGCAGUGUUGUCAGACCUCGAAUAAUGCAAAUAAAAUAAGUUCAUGUUCAUUUUUAAACAACACAAUACUAAUGUUUUAACUUAGGAAGAGUUCAGAAAUCAAUAUUUGGUGGAAUAACACUAAUUUUCAAUCACAGCUUUCAUGCGUCUUGGCAUGCUCUCCACCAGUCUUUCACAUUGAUGUUGGGUGACUUUAUGCCACUCCUGGCGCAAAAAUUCAAGUAGCUCGGCUUUGUUUGAUGGCUUGUGACCAUACAUCUUCCUCUUGAUCACAUUCCAGAAGUUUUCAAUGGGGUUCAGGUCUGGAGAUUGGGCUGGCCAUGACAGGGUCUUGAUCUGGUGGUCCUCCAUCAACACCUUGAUUGACCUGGCUGUGUGGCAUGGUGCAUUGUCCUGCUGGAAAAAACAAUCCUCAGAGUUGGGGAACAAUGUCAGAGCAAAAGGAAGCAAGUUUUCUUCCAGGACAACCUUGUACAUGGCUUGAUUCAUGCGUCCUUCACAAAGACAAAUCUGCCUGAUUCCAGCCUUGCUGAAGCACCCCCAGAUCAUCACCGAUCCUCCACCAAAUUUCACAGUGGGUGCGAGACACUGUGGCUUGUAGGCCUCUCCAGGUCUCCGUCUAACCAUUAGACGACCAGGUGUUGGGCAAAGCUGAAAAUUAGACUAAUCAGAGAAGAUGACCUUACUCCAGUCCUCUACGGUCCAAUCCUUAUGGUCUUUUGCAAACCUCAGCCUGGCUCUUCUUUGCUUCUCAUUGAUGAAGGGCUUUUUUCUAGCUUUGCACGACUUCAGCCCUGCCCCUAGGAGCCUGUUUCGAACCGUCCUCGCCGUGCACUUCACCCCAGCUGCCGUUUGCCAUUCUUUUUGUAGGUCACUUGAUGUCAUCCUACGGUUGUUGAGUGACAUUCGAAUGAGUUGGCGGUCAUCCCGGUCAGUAGAGAGUCGUUUUCACCCUCUGCCGGUCUGUAGCUUUGUUGUCCCCAAUGUCUGCUUCUUGAACUUGUUCUUAUGAACCGCCGUAAUUGACAUUUUAAGGAUGGAAGCAACCUGACACUCACUGUAUCCCUCUGCCAGUAUAGCCAGAAUGGAACCCUUCUUUUCCUCACUCAAAACUUUCCUUUUCAACUCCUUUGGCAUGGUCAAUAGUUAUUUUUUGAUUAAUAUUACUUUUGAGGUACUAUUAGCACUGUUUUUGCCAUCCAGCUGGUCCUAUUGCAAGAGGAUAGUGAUGACCACAGCAGUGGUUUUUAUACUUUUCCUCGUUAAAUAAGAUUUGAUUCAGGUGAUCACCUAAUCAGUACCUAAUUCAGUAGAAUGAGGUGUGCCUGUGUUGGAAUUCAACAGACACUGGAAUGGAAUGGCUGUCAUACAUGUAGAGAUGCUGAUUUAAGAAACAUUUGCAGUGGUCUCUUAAUUUUUUCCAGAGCUGUGUGUGUGUAUGUAUAUGUAUAUAUAUAUAUAUAUAUAUAUAUAUUUAGACUAUUGUUACUUUCUUUGCUUUCAGGCCCACAGGGAAGGGGUGGUAUGGGAGGAGUAUAAGGGGAGACAGGGGAUGGAUGGGUGGGAGGGGAACUGAUAAGGCGGGGUGAUGGGAUACAUGGUGUCCGGAUGGGGAGGGAGGAUGUGGGCGGGUGGAUGGGGACUGAGGGGGGGAAUGGGUUGGGGUUACCUUUGUAUGCAUUUAUUUGAUUGUUUUGUACUUGUAACCCCCCCCCCGCCAGACAUAUAGACUGAAAUAUAGACACAGAGAGAUACACUCCAGAGAGACGCACCAUUGAUUCACCUGUCUAUAAUAUAAUUGGACAGAUCAACUAAAACCACAUCAGUGCCAGUGGAAAUUAGACUUUGUAAAUCCAAAUAUGAAUAUGAAUGAAGUUGUAUCUCUUCUAAUGCCUUGUACUUUAGGAAAAUGCAGAAAUGUAAAUAAUAUGGAUUGUGUGUUCACACCUGGUGACUUUGAUGCACUGUACUGGGAUUAGCUGAACAGCUUUGAACAACAGUUACUGAAGAGUGUGUCUUCAACUCUGGAGCUCAACUGAGGAUUGGAAGCUCCCCCAAACUGCUAAACCUUGUUGACUGUGGCAAAGUACAAAUGAUGAGAUUUUCACCUUUCCCCAGGUGCUGCUCCUGUCCUUCUCCCUCAUCCUCUUCCCUAACCUGAAACCCUUCUCCGAGCCCAAGGUCAGCCAAGGAGGGGACUUCAGCCCAGUGAGGGGUGAGUCAGCCUCCCGCACCGCCCGGACAAAUCUACCUCCUGCUUCACAUCACAGCUUAAGAGCUGAUUAGACUAGAGCUCCUCUCACUCAUAGUGCCAGAUGCUGCUACGGCUCCGCUGCUAAAACAACUCACCUAAAGAGCACGACAGCUCACCAGGACCCCACAUUUCAGAUCAAAGACAGCUGGCAACCUUCAGCACAGAGAACAUGUAUUAUUAAGCCCUAUUCUCAUCAGCUUGUCUGACUAACAAUCUCCUUUCAACAGUUGUACACUCUUAGAAAAAGUGGUGCUGGCCUCCUGAGUGGCGCAGUGGUCUAAGGCACUGCAUCGCAGUGCUUGAGGCGUCACUACAGCCCCGGGUUCGAUCCCAGGCUGUGUCACAGCCGGCUGUGACCGGGAGACCAAUGAGGCAGCGUACAAUUGUCCCAGCGUCGUCCGGGUUAGGGGAGGGUUUGGCCAGCUGGGAUUUCCUUGUCCCAUCACGCUCUAGCGACUCCUUGUGGCGGGCCGGGCACCUGCAAGCUGACUCCGGUCGCCAGCUGUACGGUGUUUCCUCCGACACAUUGGUGUGGCUGGUUUCCGGGUGAAGCAAGCAGUGUGUCAAGAAGCAGACCUUCGCCUCUCCUGAGUCCGUACGGGAGUUUCAGCGAUGGGACAAGACUGUAACUACCAAUUGAUAUCAUGAAAUUGGGGAGAAAAAGGGGUAAAAAGUAAAAAAUAAAUAAAGGUGCAAUCUAGAACCUUAAGGGGUUCUUUGGCUGUCCCCAUAGGAGAACCCUUUUUGGUUGCAGGUAGAAUCCUUUCUGCUUCCAUGUAGAACCCUCUGUAGAAAGGGUUCUACAUGGAAGCAAAAAGGAUUCUACCUGCAACCAAAAAGGGUUCUCCUAUGGGGAAAGCAUACGUUUUUUCUAAGAGUAUAGGAACUGUUGGAUACAAUAUGAAAGGGACUUCAACGAUAUCUAAUGGCCUCAUCAUGUUUUAAGAUUGUGAAUUACUUCAAUGUAAUUACUCAUCUUAACUGACGGUUCGUCAGCUCUGUGAGUGGUUAAUUGUACAACCAAGAGCCAAGGUACAAGUUUUUUUAAAGGCGGCUUACAGUCUAACAACUUAAAGUUGGACUGGGGAUGUAUGUGUGACAUUAGUUCACCAUUUAAUGACUGGAUCAAUAUGUGUUGCGCUGUUUACUCACCUGUAACCUCUGUCCCUCUCGCUCCUGCAGUGCAGUCACGGUCCCUGCACAACCUCCAGUCCUCCAGAGUGCUGCAUGUCAUUGACCAGCCGUACCACACUGCAGACGACGAGCCCAAGUCUUCGCACCACCAUUUCACAGGAGACCAGGGGGUAAAUGAGAUGACCUCUCUGCUGGGUAAGCUGGGCACCAGUCACGGCAGCCAGGGGCUGUCCAAUUUCGACCCCAUGUCUCACAACAAUAGCCUGGAUGAGGAAGCCCAUUUCCACGGGGACCCCAUUACCGGCCAUAUAGCUACAGUGACCUUGAAUCCACACCGCAGAGCCACAAUACGCCCACAUGCUGAUGAUAUGUGAUUGGAUAGAGUAUUCCCUGCAGGAUUCCUCUGCUCUGCUCCCAUCUCCACACAAUUCAUAUGGUGAAACAUAGAGUAGCACAUACCUAAGGCUCUUGUUUACACUGCGAGUUAGGGUAAUAAGAAAUACGUUAUUCCUGCUUUUGCCUCUUAUAUUUUAGGUAUAUGCUUUUUUCUUGUUUGUUAUACUGUUUUGUAUUGUUUUAAGGAUGUUUUCUGACUUGAUCUGGAUUUCUGUAAAAUUGCUUUUUAAGAUGAAUUGAGCAUCUCUUGCCCCUCCACGACUGUUUUAACAUUGACAGUGUAGAUUUGUGUAUUUUGAGACAGUCAGUAAUUAUUGUUUUUCAUAACUGUGAUGGUGUGUACAACUUUGAGCUUUACAAAUAAUUUUGAGGAUAAUUUUGCAUGUAUACUACGAAACAAUAACUUUAUUGACAAUCUUGCUACACAUUAAUAAAACCGUCUCAAAUAAACUUUAGAAUGUUUAA